CUAUUGAAACAUGUCUGGUCGUGGUAAAGGAGGUAAAGUUAAGGGCAAGGCAAAGUCUCGCUCAAAUCGUGCUGGAUUACAAUUUCCAGUUGGUCGUAUUCAUCGAUUGCUGCGAAAAGGCAAUUAUGCUGAACGCGUUGGUGCCGGCGCUCCCGUCUACUUAGCUGCUGUUAUGGAAUAUUUGGCAGCUGAAGUUCUUGAAUUGGCUGGCAAUGCAGCACGCGAUAAUAAGAAGACAAGAAUCAUACCCCGUCAUUUACAAUUGGCCAUCCGUAAUGAUGAAGAAUUAAACAAAUUGUUGUCUGGUGUCACAAUCGCACAAGGUGGUGUAUUACCAAACAUCCAAGCUGUCCUUUUGCCUAAGAAAACAGAAAAGAAGGCUUAA